CCUUUCUUCUUCUUCUUCCUUCUUCCUUUUUUCCUUCUUAGGGUUUCUUCCCCCAUCUUAUAUAUUUACCCUAAGCUCAAAUUAUAUAUAAUUUAAUUUAUAUAUAUAAUAUAUAUAUAUAUGUAUGUAUGCAUGUUUAUGUCCUUUCUCCCCUUAAUUAAGAGCUUCUUCUUCAAACAUCAAAUUUCUGGAGAAAGAAGGAUCAAAAAGCUAGAAGGAAAAAAGAAAGAAAAAGAAUAUGGCUUCUUCAAGCUACACAAACUCACCAUGUGCAGCAUGCAAAUUCCUAAGAAGAAAAUGCUUAGCUGAUUGCAUAUUUGCACCCUAUUUCCCCCCUGAAGAGCCAACCAAAUUUGCCAAUGUUCACAAGAUCUUCGGAGCCAGCAAUGUGAGCAAGCUUCUCAAUGAGGUUCAGCCCCAUCAGCGCGAGGAUGCUGUAAAUUCUCUAGCUUAUGAGGCCGAGGCUCGUAUGAAAGACCCUGUCUACGGCUGCGUUGGGGCCAUCUCCGUUUUGCAACGACAAGUUAUUCGUCUCCAAAAAGAGCUCGACGCUACAAAUGCUGAUUUGGUACGAUAUGCGAGCGGGAGCGCCCGGCCGCCCUCGCAAUAUGGAAGGAGAGCAACAACUGCCUCGGUGAGUACUCGCCACCAUUCUGGUCUGUCUUUUCUUUCUCCUUUGAGUAGUAGUCAUCAUGAUAGUACUUAUUGCCAUGAUAAAGAGGAAGGCAAUUGAAAAUCUUGUAUGAAUUUGUGAGAGAUUUUUUUUUCUUCUUUUUCUUUGGGGUUUUCCAUUAAUUUGUUCUGCCAAUCCCCUUGUUCCUCUUAUGUUCCAAGCUUUUUUUUAUGGGUAUAUUUUUCUCUCUUGAUCUAUAACAGUGGUGGUUUUUUUUUAAUGCAAUAUUAGUUCUUGUAUCUAAAUUAUAUUUAAGGGUUAUUAGAUCAUACUUUGAGCAUAAUAACAACGAUGACUUGAUUAUAUAUUCAUAGGGAUUUGGAUUAAUAUAAGGUUGUUAGUGUGAA